AUGUCAACUAGAAAUUUGACUGAUCGUUCCCCAAUAGUUGGUGGUAGUUCUGAAUCAUCAGACUCUGACAGACCAAGAAAUCCAUUUUUACAAGAUGAAGAAAACUCAGUUGAAGAUUUAAGUGAUGAUUCAAGAUCAAACUUACAACAAUCAAAUGUUUCAAAGCCUUAUAUUGAUUAUUCAGGUUAUUAUAGCCAACAAGGGUCAUCAUCAGCUUCAUUGACUCCAAAUAACCAAAACUCAUAUUCUUCAUCAAAUAUUUCAGGUAUGAACCAACAACGUCAUUUAUCAGUCAAUAAUGAUAUUUAUUCACCACCUGAAUAUGAUAGAUAUCCAACUUUAGGGGGCUCAAGAGUUGCCUCUAUGGCUCCAUCAGUUAGCUCUACAACAAAUCUUGUGGAACAUCAAAAAAAACACUCCAUGGUCUCAGAUAGAUCUUCAACUUCAGAUGGUUCUUCUAAUCCUUUCAUGGCUGAUGCUGAUUUUAGUCCUUUUGGUGGUUAUCCAGCUUCUUCUUUCCCAUUACAUAUAGAUGAAAAAGAACCUGAUGAUUACAUACAUAAUCCAGAUCCAAUUGCUGAUGCUUAUUUAGACAAACAUAGAUUUUUGAAUGAUUUCAAAAACAUGGAUAAAAGAUCUGGUGGUGGUCUUUUCGGUUUAUUAUUCUUAUUACUUGGUGCCAUUGCCAUUUUCAUCAUUUUACCAGCUUUAACUUAUUCAGGUGUUGUGGAUCAUGGUAAACCAACUGUUAUCGAAAUAUUAACAUUUUAUAGCUAUCCACAAUUAAGUGCUAUUAGAACAAGUUUAGUUGAUCCAGAUACUCCACAAGAUGCCUAUGAAAAAGAAUCUAGAAAUGGUGAUAAAUGGAAAUUAGUUUUCUCUGAUGAAUUUAAUGCUGAAGGUCGUACUUUCUAUGAAGGUGAUGAUCAAUUUUGGAAUGCACCAAAUAUUCAUUAUGAUGCUACACACGAUUUAGAAUGGUAUGAUCCAGAUGCAUCAACUACAAUUAAUGGUACAUUAACUUUGAGAAUGGAUGCUUUUGAAAAUCAUGAUUUAUUUUACAGAUCAGGUAUGUUACAAUCAUGGAAUCAAAUGUGUUUUACACAAGGUUAUUUGGAAGUUUCAUCUAAAUUACCAAAUUAUGGUAAUGUUACAGGUUUAUGGCCAGGUAUUUGGACUUUAGGUAACUUAGCUAGACCAGGUUUCUUGGCUUCUGCUGAAGCUGUUUGGCCAUAUAGUUACGAUUCAUGUGAUGCUGGUAUUACACCAAAUCAAUCUUCUACAGAUGGUAUCAGUUAUUUAUAUGGUCAAAGAUUAAGUGCUUGUACUUGUGACGGUGAAGAUCAUCCAAACCCAGGUACUGGUAGAGGUGCUCCAGAAUUAGAUAUCUUAGAAGGUGAAGUUGAUACUACUUUAGGUACUGGUUUAGCUUCUCAAUCAUUCCAAGUUGCUCCUUAUGAUAUUUGGUAUAUUCCAGAUUAUGAUUAUGUUGAAAUUCACAAUCAUAGUACAACUGUCAUGAAUACAUAUACUGGUGGUCCAUUACAACAAGCUGUCUCUGCCGUUACUACAUUAAACCCAGCUUGGUAUGAAUUUGGUGAUACUGAUGGUCACUAUUUCCAAAAUUAUGGUUUAGAAUAUUUGAAUGACAAUGAUGAUGGUUAUAUUAGAUGGCACGUUGGUCAAGAUCCAACAAUGACUUUACAUGCUACAGCAUUACAUCCAAAUGGUAAUAUUGGUUGGAGACGUAUUCCAAAAGAACCAAUGUCAAUUAUCUUAAACUUGGGUAUUUCAAAUAAUUGGGCUUAUAUUGAUUGGGCUUCUAUUAUGUUUCCAGUUACUCAUCAAAUUGAUCAUGUUCGUUUAUAUCAACCAGAAGAUCAAGUCGAUGUUACUUGUGAUCCAACUGAUUAUCCAACUUAUGAUUACAUUCAAAGCCAUAAGAAUGUCUAUUAUAAUGCAAAUCUUACAACUUGGAAAGAUGCUGGUUAUGAUUUCCCAAAGAACAUAUUAACUGGUAACUGUAAGAGUUCACAUUAUAACGGGCCAACUGGCGCUCAAGCAGAUGGUCAAACAUAA